CAACCAUAACCAAUUAUCUCAUUAACAUAAUUUAAAAUAUUGUAAUGGUGCGCAAAAACAAUGCGUGUAAUUAAAAAAAAGAAAAAAAUUUCUAUUCCCAAAAAUUUAAACAUCGUUCACUGCUGGAACAUUAUCGGACCGAUUGUGGCUCAGGAAAUUGCAACGUCUGAUUAUACUCCGAUUCCAAACUGCUUUGACACGAACGCGUACAAAAUUGGAUAUAUUUUUGCACCAUUUAGAACGAAGGUAACGUGUUACCGUGCUACGCAAGUGCUGAAAAUACUCGGACCGCUUCGCGAUUUUGCAGUGAAAGCCAAAACAAAUCCCAAAUGGCUGAGUAAAGAGUUUCAUAGCGUGCGAACUUCCAGCGAUGAAGUAGAUUUUCAGAUAAUUCUUGAGCAUGGAAAAAACAUAUUAAAUUUUAGAGGCUACGAUUAUUAUUUCCUCACUAAAGCAAAGGACAUGCUGAUUCCAGGAAAUGUGACGAUAAAUCGCGUAGCGCACGAAGAUCUACUUAGCGCUAAAUGGAUCGGACUAAUAACGGAUGUAGUUGUUACGAAAAUUUUUGAGAUACGUAUAAUUAAAGAUGUUCGUGAAAGAUUGCUGUACAUAGGUGAUGACAACCAUACUAUUCUUUUCAAAUACGAAAUAUGUGAAAUUGAUCCCGAUGGAACUAUAAUAAAGUCUGAGAUGAAGAAAAUACGCUGCAAAUGGCAGCCAAUAGGAGAGCAACCAUCAGACCGUUUGCCACUAAACAUAUUUCAGAGCGAAUACAGAAGAGAUCGUGACACUGAUGACACAGAUACGAAUGCGAUGAGAUAA